ACAUAGAGGGCAUUCUUGGAUAUUUAACUCCUACACAUACCAACCAUACUUCAAAAAGAAGACCAAAUAAAUAACUAAAAUGAUACAACACUUGCAAGAUAUCAAAUUUGAUAGAGAAAAUGCUGCAGGUAAAGAAUGAGUCUGAGAUAACCACAUCUCUCAAAACCAGACUUGAAAUUCACAUGGCAAGAAAUGAGUUACUACAGAGAGAAAACCAAGAACUUAAAGAAGAAGUAGCUCGUUUAAAAUCACAGAUAAUUUCACUCAAAGCACACAAUAUUGAAAGAAAAUCAAUACUAUGGAAGAAGAUACAAAAAUCAAUAGAUGACAAUAAUUCAGAUUCUCAUCAUCAACUUAAACCAGCACUUCAAGCAAUCAUGUAUGAAAAGAGUUCAGAAAAUGAGACUUUCCAUACAAAUCAAGAUUUCAAAGACUCAUCAAUUUCACCAAGAAAGGAAAGAUCAACAAUACUACUACCACCUACUCCUCCUCCAAAACCUGUUUCUAUCCUUUUUCCUCCUUCACAUGAAAAUUGUGAAAAGGGAAUUAAAAUGCAGCCAACAACAGCACCUCCACCACCUCCAUCACCAUCAAAAUCAUCUCUUGGUUUGAAAUCGGUGCGCCGUGUGCCAGAAGUAAUCGAAUUGUAUCGUUCGCUUACACGAAAAGAUGCAAACAUGGAAAGCAAAACUCACCAUAAUGGAAUUCCGGCAGUAGCUUUCACAAGAAAUAUGAUUGAGGAAAUCGAAAAACGGUCGACCUAUCUUUCAGCUAUAAAAUCAGAAGUCCAAAGCCAAAAGGAAUUCAUCAGUUUCUUAAUCAAACAAGUAGAAUCAGCUUCAUAUGCAGAUAUUUCAGAAGUGGAAACAUUCAUCAAAUGGCUAGAUGGAGAAUUAUCUACAUUGGUGGAUGAAAGAUCAGUACUAAAGCACUUUCCACAAUGGCCAGAACAAAAAGUAGAUGCAUUAAGAGAAGCUUCUUGUAACUACAGAGAUCUAAAGAAUCUUGAAACAGAAGUUUCAUCAUAUGAAGAUAAUCCAAAAGAAUCAAUUUCUAUGGCUUUGAAAAGGAUACAAGCAUUACAAGACAGGUUGGAGACAAGUGUAAGUAGUAAAGAGAGGAUAAGGGAGAGUGUAAGUAAGAAAUAUAGGAAUUUUCAUAUUCCUUGGGAGUGGAUGAUGGACACUGGCCUCAUUGGUCAGAUGAAACUAAGUUCACUGAGGCUAGCAAAGGGAUUCAUGAAACGAAUAACCAAAGAAAUGGAAUCUCUUGAAGCUUUGCAAGAAGAUAAUAACAACCUUUUGUUACAAGGAGUUAAAUUUGCAUUCAGAGUACACCAGUUUGCAGGUGGCUUUGAUCCUGACACCACUCAAUCAUUUCAAGAAUUGAAGAAAGUUGGUUGUGCUGUAACAAGCAAUAGUAAUCUCAUUAUUAAUUCUCCCAAAUUUGUUAAAAUUUGCCAGAAAAAUGUAUCUUAACUUGAAUUAAUUUCUUGUCAUAAUUGUUAUAUGAUGUUCAUACAUCAGCUGCAGAGUUUACAAACAUGUAUAUGAUAUUUUAUUUAUGUAAUUUUUUAAAUUUAUUAAUCUAAAUGAGAUUGAUGGUCACUUUACAAGUGUCCUCGAAGAGAUUUGAACUUCGUCAA